CUUCUUCUUCAUUGGCAGAGAAAGUGUCAUUUAUUCUUGUCUUUAUUAAGAUUAUUAUUAUUAUGGCUUCUGGUUCUUCUUCUUCUUCAAAUUGGGUGAUGGAAAGUGGUGACAUUCCUCAUGUUCUAGCUGUUGAUGAUUCUCUUGUUGAUCGAAAACUUGUUGAGAAACUUCUUAGGAAUUCUUGUUGCAAAGUUACAACUGCUGAAAAUGGGCCUAAGGCAUUGGAGUUAUUGGGCUUGUCAAGUGGUGAACAGAACACCUUGAAUGGGAGAUCCAAAGUAAAUUUGGUUAUCACAGACUAUUGCAUGCCAGGAAUGACUGGCUAUGAGUUACUUAAGAAAAUUAAGCAAUCAUCUGUAAUGAAGGAGGUUCCAGUAGUGAUCAUGUCAUCUGAGAACAUACCAACAAGGGUCAACAAGUGUCUAGAAGAAGGAGCUCAGAUGUUCAUACUAAAGCCACUCAAACAAUCUGAUGUAAAACAAUUGACAUGUCAGUUAAUGAAUUUGGGAAGGUGAAGAAGUUUCAAGAGAAUUUAAGUAUGAAGACAACAUUGUAAUCAAGUAAAUGUUGACAACAGCACUUCAAACCUAGUAUUUUGUAUUGGCUUUCUAGUGCCAAAAUCUCACCCUUAGGCUUCAACUAGAAUGUUGCUAGUUUAGGAGUUUUGGAAUGUUCUGAAAAAAAAAUAUUAGUUUAAAUUAGGAGUAUGAAUGUGUAUCAUUGUUUUGA